UAAUAUUGUUGAUACUUCGAGUUAAUUUACUCCAAUUUUUAUUUAAUUAAUCGCUCAACUAGUCAAACACGAGAGCAGCAAACCAUCUUCAACCAUGGGCGGGAUCUUCGGAAAGGCAAAGAAAGAUUUGGCAGCUAAGAUUACGGAACAAGACAAAGCAAUUUUGCAACUCAAACAACAAAGAGACAAAUUGAAGCAAUACCAAAAACGUGUGGAAAAUUCCUUGGAAUCGGACAGAUUGCUCGCGAAAAAAUGCCUGGAAAAGGGAAACAAAGAUCGUGCCCGCUUGUUGCUACGGAAGAAAAAGUAUCAAGAAAAGUUGCUACAGAAUGCCGACAGUCAAUUGGAAGCGAUUGAAAAGAUGACGUCAGACUUGGAAUUCGCCGUUGUCGAGUUGGAUGUCGUAAACACGCUAAAAGUGGGUAACGAGGCACUUAAGAAGGUCAACGAUAUCAUGAGUAUCGACGAUAUCGAGAGGAUUUUGGAUGAAACGCGCGAAGGUGUCGAGAAACAACAAGAAAUUGAUGCGCUGAUUUCGGGUGCCUUGACAGACGAAGACGAGGAGAAUAUUUUGGAAGAGUUGGAUCGACUUGUUGAAGAGGAGAAACGAGAUCGCAUCGAGUACAUUGACGAAGAUAUCGGCGAUCAAUUGCCUGAAGUGCCGCAAGAUGCGUUGCCCGAGAAGGAAAAGGCGAAAAAGGCACGAAAAGCAUCCACGGAGAAAAUUGCCUUGGAAGCUUGAAUUCUACCUCAUCAUUCUAAUCAAUAUGUAAUUGUAAGGAAAUUUUUAAAUGUUGCUUGAAUUGUCGUCGUCGUCGCCGCUUUACGUAUUUUCCCGCCUGCGAACAUCACGAGGAUGUUGAGAGCUUAUGAGAUUCAAUGUAUGAGCACCAAAAAUAUGAGAAAAAUAUAUUUUUACAAUGCAA